AUGUCGGCUACGUAUUCGGAAGAGCCAUUGGUAAAAAACGUGAAAAUUGAGGAUCAUUUUCAACCAUUUUCAACGCUUCUGGAUGCAAUUAAACUGGAAGAGUACGAGAAUCAAUUGGUUACACCAGAAUCAACGUCUCUGAAGGAUCAGAAUCGAUCAGAAGUAUCCACGUCGAAGUCUGUUAUGGGAAACCAUGAAUUUCAGAUUCCACAACAGGAAUCUUUUGAUGCUAGUCAAAAAUUCCAAGCAACGCCCUUCCAGAAUACAAAUGACAUUCUCCCGAAGGAUUCGGUGCUAGUUGUUCAACAACAGACGAAAUCUCAUUCCGUCCGUCGACCCCCUUUGCUCUCGGACCAUAUGGAUCUCAAUCCUCCUAUUCAUCCAACUUCUAAACGAAAAGAAUGUAUGAUAUGUGGAGAUAUUCCUGUUGGUUACAAUUAUGGAGUGCUCACAUGCGAAGGGUGCAAGAUAUUCUUUCAACGUUACUACCAUAGACAUGCUGAACUGAAAUGCCGAAUGCAUAGUACAUGUUUCUCGAAAAAAAUGGACAAAAACUCACGCAGAUAUUGUCAGAGUUGUAGAAUGACCAAGUGUUUGGCACAGGGGAUGAAAUGCAAUCAACUAAUAGCUGAAAAGGACAAAGCUUCUGGAGUGAAAAAUCUACUUCAGAAUAUUUUUUCAAUCAAACGGAUGUCGGCUACGAAUUCGGAAGAGCUAUUGGUAAACAAUGUGAAAAUUGAGGAUCAUUCUCAACCAUUUUCAACGCUUUUGGAUGCAAUUAAACUGGAAGAGUACGAGAAUCAAUUGAUUCAAGAGACAUCAGAAUCAACGCUUCUGGAGGAUCAGAAUCGAUUUCCGGCAGCAGAAGUAUCCACGUCGAAGUCUGUUAUGGGAAACCGUGAAUUUCAGAUUCCACAACAAGAAUCCUUCGAAGUUAGUCAGGAAUUCCAAGUUACGCACUUCCAGAAUCCAAAUGACAUUUUCCCGAAUGAGUCGGUAGUUCAACAACAGACGCCACCAAACUUCGAUGAGGACUCUCGUCAGAUCUCCCAUCAAAUAAUGCGAGUCGCUGCCAACUCAACGAAAGAUCGUCAAGACUGUUUCAGACAACUGUUGUUCGCAACGGUGUUUGCAUUUGAGAGCUCUCCGACAUGCACCAACGUUGAAGAAUUCUUCCGAAUGAUGGGCGAUCGAUACGCAAGGAAAUGA